GGGAACGGGUGUAUGUAGGCCAGCCUCAUUCACCCUACAGGUAGAAAUAGAAGGCGACUCAUCCGCGUUACACGGCUACUUGAGGAGCCACUAUCCGUUAAUAGUUGAAUGUAGAUGUCAGUAUACGUUCGGGACAGGUAGGCCGCUAUACCCUGUGCGGGAUUCGAAGCUUGACUUAUGGCAGGAUUAUGUGUUUUGAGUAACGGCAGGUAUUGCACCUGAUGGAGACAUAAAAUGACAGGCAAAGCUAAAUGCCCGGUGAAGGAUUGUGGGGAAGAGAUAAAACAACAGGAUUUCGAAAGAGUGAUCGAAAACACCCGUGAAUAUGGUAACCUGAGUGAUGUUGGAGAAACCUUGCUCCGAGCAGCAUCUGAUUAUAUUCACAGAGAAACUAAUUACGUUUGGAAAAACGCCAAAGUGGCCGUUUUGGGACCAGACCUUCAACUUGUGUUCGUUUCCGGUUACCAGUCCUAUCAGAUUGUGGUUACCCUUGACAACAAUGCCUCAGUCAACGAAUUCUGUGAGGAAAAAGGCUGGAAGCGGAUGAACCGUCCAAACAAUGACGUCACACGCAUCACGGUUUGGGGUGACAUCAGAGGAACUCUGACUGAUCGUCUGCUUUCAGUUCUCAUAACUAUGAUUCGUGAUAGCCAACAGGUGGUAACGUCGGAUACUAUAAAGAAAACGAACGCGACCGGACUACGUUCCAGGUACGUUCCAAACGGAACGGGAAAGGUCGCCAACGACAUGGACAGGAACGGAGACGUAGUCAAAGAUCACGGGCACAGCGAGAAAUGGACAUCAGGAGGGAGGUUCAUCAGGCGAUCCUGCAAAUGCCUGGCUUUAUCAGUCUUUGCUGGUCUGGCAGUAACUCUGUCCCUUACGGCCGCUAUGGUGUUUGUGUACGGGGUGUGAUUGACUAGGGGGUCCGUCCACGAUUUAUCAUGGAUAUGUCACAUUCUGUGGGCACAUCCCCGUGAGGGCUUCACGUCUAUAAGACAUUCACAGGAGACGUAACAUUUGCGUUUGAUUAAAAUGGCUGAACGUUUGUCAUUCCUUGAUGCAAACUGGCGCCUGUUGACACCUCACGAGACUGUGAGAAUUCUCCUUCCUUGUUUACAGUUACACAGUACAUCUCGAUAUAUUGUCAAUCUGUUUUGGUAGAAAAGACCUCAUGUAAUGAGGCUGAAUCACCAUGCCAGGUGAGAAAAUGGAACCGGAUAUAUUUUUGUAAGUCAAGCUGGAUAUUUCUGUUUUGUAUAAGACAGAGCAUGUCUAUGCUUGGAUACUUCACGUCAUCGAGAAACGAAGCUACACCAAUUUUAGAGGAUUUGGCCUUAUGUGCAUUGCUUGGACCAAGGCGUUUAUAAGUAGUUUCUGAAACAAUGGAGAUACGAAAUAACAGCUAUACAGUGCAUCAUCACAAAAAAUGUUUUAUGAAUACAAACGUGGAAAUAUGGCAGAAACUCUGGAUUAGGGAUGACUGGAAAAGUGGUUAUAGGCCUACCUUUAUAUGUGCCCAGUUUGUUUGUUUUUCUGAUUAGAAAGGGUCGUUUCUUGUUUUCUUAAGUAUAGAGUUGUGUGUUUCGGCUUUGGUAAUCCGAUGGUGAAAUAAUACAUAGGCUACAUUAUGAAAUACCAUAGCCUCAUGCCUAAACAUUGAAUUCAGUUUAUUAACUAUAAGCUUAUUUUUUUGAUUGGUGUUUUACGCCGUACUCAAGAAUAUUUCACUGGGCAGAGCCGGGGGGAAACCCAUGAUCAUCCGCAGGUUGCUGUCAGACCUUCCCACAUACGACCGGAGAGGGAGCCAGCAUGAGCGGGACUUGAACUCACAGCGACCGCUGGUGAGAGACUCCUGGGUCAUUACGCUGCGCUAGCUCUUUAACCUACUGAGUCAGGGAGGCCCUUAUUAACUAUACGCAUGGCAACAUGUUCCUAUAAGCAUGGCAACAUGUUCACGUAAGAUGGCAACAUGUUCCCGUAAGAAGGCAAUAUGUUAAAGUAAACCUCAGAGUGGUCAUAGCACGUGAGGAAAAUGCCGAUAGUUUAUAUUCAGUAGCAAUAUAGUUAGGGUGGGAAAUGGAAAGUGUCUGAGCAGGCCAAAGUUUUGUGGCGUCAAAUUUACAUGCAAAUUUUACCGGAGACCGUAAAUAUGUAUAUAGGCGCUACUUCUAAAUUGUACCCAGUGCAUUUUCGCCGAGCAACGAAGCAAGAAAAGGCAUAAUAUAUUGAUCAGAUAAUCUUUUGUGACAUUUUAUUACCAAAACAAUAUGAAAAACGUCCAUUUUCUUCAUGUGCAUGUGUACAUCAAUCACUUUCGUUUUCCAAUAAGAAAUAGUCGUUUAGGCAAAAAAGAGAUAAAUAUAAUGUACAG